CUGGAAUACAAGUGGAUCUGUUAAGUAUUAGUGGUCUUAAAUACUUUAAAGCAAAUAAUUUAACAAAUCCAGGAUAUGCACAAACAGCGCUUAACAGUCUAAAGAGAGCAGCAAGCAUAGCACUCAACAAAUCACAACCAUAUUCAGUUACUAAUACUAGUCGAAUACCUCCAAAUGGUUCUAAACAUGAAUAUUAUUCAUGGGCUCCUUAUUUUCACGCGGAUUGUGGUGGAGUCCCACGUGUAAGGAACCCAAUGACCGAUUGUCCAUAUCGAAGAAUGGAUGGGAAAUUCGCGCCAGACUUAAACUUACUCACCGAUCCGCGCGAUUCUAGUUCAAUGGUGAAUGACGUGGUAGCAUUAUCAAUCUAUUAUUAUCUGUAUGGAGAUGAAAAGUACGCGGCAAAAGCAGUUCAAUUAUUAGAUGUUUGGUUCGUGAAUCCUGAUACGGCGAUGCAACCAGAUGUCGAGUUUGGUCAAGUUGUUCGUGGGCCAGGUCAAUGGACCGGAAGAGUUGAAGGAAUUUUGGACAUGAGACUCUAUGCUUAUAUUCCGGCUGCCGUUGAACUUUUGACUAAUUCUACUGCUGUUGGGGGUAAGAAUUCACUAUUCUAUACCAAGAUGAGAACGUGGUUCUUUCAAUAUGGAAAUUGGCUAUUGACCAGUAAUCUUGGCACUGGUGCUAGAAAUGCUGCGAAUAAUCACGCAACGUUUUACGUUGUUCAAUUGGCGACUUAUUUUGCUUGGACUGGUCAAGAGACAAAAGCUGAUAUGCUGAUUCAAGAAUUUCUGAAUCGUCAGUUUCAAUCUCAAAUCAUUGCAAGUGGUGAACAACCUCUGGAAAGUGGAAGAACUGUAACUGUCAUUCCUCCUUAUGUUUUUGAUCGACCAUUUCAUUACCAAUAUUUCAAUUUGAUAGCAUUAACAUAUGUCGCACGAGUCUCACAAAAAUUGAAAAACGCGACAAAUGUUUGGGAACAAAAAACGAGACAAGGUGCCACCAUAAAAACUGCCAUCGAUUAUCUAGUGGAUCAAGGGAUGCCAACAAACGAGGAUCCAUUAUUUUUUCUUGUUCCAUUAUACAGUGCAAGACAAUAUUAUGGCGAUCCAACAGGAAAAUACGCCAAGUUCCUGACAGGACUGUUACAACGUGCUAACGCUAAUGACGAGUGGUGGUUAUUUUGGAACCCAUUUGCAUUAAAUGGUGUCGAUUUAUCAAAAAUUAAUGGAUCUAAAGUUUUGAAUCCUGUCCGUGAAAAAGUUAUCCCGGUAAAAUUGGAAUAUAUGAUGCACAAUUAUAGUGAGAGGACUAAUGGCCAGUUAUGUGAACUGAUUAAUGGGUUAAAAUAA